UGCGCAUUGGAUGAAAAAUGGCUUCGAACACACUUUUAGAGGAAGAAUUUGACAAUUUUAACUGCAAAGUUGAUGCUAUUGGUGAAAUUUUGCGAGAUCUCAGUUCGUCCGAUGAGCCGAGUGCCAAAGAGGCCUUGAAGAAGGCAGACGCUUUUCUCAAAGGAGAAUGUCCCGAAGUGAUGGACGGCCUAAAACUGAAGACCAUUCAAAACAGAACAAUUAUAAAUCAAAAAGCAUUUGAUGAAAUGGGUACGUCCUCCAACGAUGAGCCAAUCUCAAAAGAGAUGUUCAUGGCGAAAGUUGAGGCAGACGCAAAGGAGAGGACCGAUGACAAAAGGAUGAAAAAUGAAGAGGCUAGAGGAUUCCAAACGCGAGGCAAUAAGGCGUUCAGAGAGAAAAACUAUGAAAAAGCACUUCAUUUGUACAACCAGGCAGCAGCCUGCACGAAGGAGAAUCCUUUAAUAUUCACAAACAGAGCUCUUACUUAUUUACAUCUCGGGUUGUUCGAACGGGCCAUCGAGGAUUGCGAUUGGGCUCUGAAGGUGGAUCAGCAUAACUUAAAGGCACUUUUGUACAAAGGGCGGGCUCUGAUUAAACUUGAAGAUACUUCAGAAGCCCAUAAAUGUUUUCAAGAGGCUAUUCAACAUCAUCCAAAAAAGAAAAAAACUAUUGAAGAAUUUUGGAAACAGAGCUCUUAACCUCCAGUAUCGCGGAAGUUACCCAAACUAAUUUGGAGGGACACAUGUUCUUCAGAACCCUGAGGCAGCAAACGUUAAAAACGCCGACUAUUUAAGUCCGAGCUAUGCUAUCACGAAAACUGCGCAAGAUAUAAAAUAAGCUCUUACCAAGAGAAGUUGUUUUAAUUCAUUUUUUAAAAAAUACCUGACGCACGAGUCAAAUGUUUGUGACUUAACCUCAACACUGCUAGCAUAAAAUUGUAAAAAUAAUUCCCUUCCAAUCUGUUAAUUAUUUUUAAAAACAAAAAACUAGAACUUGUAAUGAAGAUGAACUUAUGUACUAAUGAUUGAAAAGACAACUUUGAUACUGUUUCCACAA